CCCGACCCCCAGUGUGACCGGGGAUUUGCAGAGUGGAAGCAGCGAGGUGGAAGAGCAAACACAUUGAGAGGGAGAGGAGAAAUGAUUGGUCCAUACAGCUGACUGAGCAAGGUGAUCCCGCGCUAGGGAGGAUUAACUUCUAAGUACUCAUGUUACCCAAGGAAGAAACCAGAAGGAGGAGAAAGAAGAGAAAAGAAAAGGUGCCAGGGAUGGCUUUCACUCAGGGCCAGUUGACAUUCAGAGAUGUGGCCAUAGAGUUCUCACAGGAGGAGUGGGAAUGCCUGGAUCCUGAUCAGAGAGCUUUGCACAGGGAUGUGAUGUUAGAGAACUACAGAAACUUGGUCUCCCUGGGAGUCAUUCUUCCUAACCUGAAUGUUAUAUCCAUGUUGGAACAACUGAAAGAACCCUGGACUGUGGAGAGGGAGGUGAAAAUAAGCAGAAAACUGAGAGGACAGACAAGAGCCAGACGCAUGAGUGCAGUCAACUCUCCUAAACAUACAUUUAAAGAAAUACCAUCAAAAGGGGACAGCGAUUCUGGAGAAAUAUUCCAGACAGUGAUGUUUGAAAGACAUAAAAACAGUGCCAUUACAGACUUCUCCUUCAAGGAAGUCCAGAAGAACAUACAUGACUUUGAGUUUCAGUGGAAAAACAUUGAAGGGAGUUAUAAACCCAUGCUUGUAAUCCAUAAAGAAAACUUAAAUGGUGGAAGAGAUCAAGAUAGUAGGAAGGAGGCAGGGAACAAAUUUAGGAGAAAUUGGCUUGGAUUAAGCCUCAAGUCACAUCUGCCUGUACCCAAACUAUUUUCAUCUGACGAGGAAAUUGGUAGUAAUGAAGUUGAGAAGCCUACCAGCAAUGAUUCAUUGGGUUUAUCCUCUCCAGAAAUUCCUUCUAGUGUCAAAACACACAUUUCUCAUGAACUCGAGGAUGACUUUUAUUCUUCAUUACUCAUGCAAAGACAAAAGAUACACAUUAAAGAAAAACCUUAUAAAUGUAAUGAGUGUGGGAAGGUCUUCAGUUAUACCUCUUCCCUAGCACAUCAUCGGCGAAUUCAUACUGGAGAGAAACUUUACAAAUGUGUUGAAUGUGGUAAGGCUUUUUUCAGACGUUCUUAUCUUUUGGUUCAUGAGAGACAUCAUACUGGAGCCAAACCUUAUAAAUGUGAUGAAUGUGGCAAAGUCUUUACCCAAAAUUCACACCUCACAAGUCAUCGGAGAAUUCAUACUGGUGAAAAACCAUACAAGUGUAAGGAGUGUGGCAAAGCCUUUAGUGUUCGUUCAAACCUAACUAAUCAUCAGGUAAUCCAUACUGGAGAAAAACCAUACAAAUGUAAUGAGUGUGGCAAGGUCUUUAGUCAAACUUCAAGCCUUGCAAUUCAUCGGAGAACUCACACUGGAGAGAAACCUUACAGGUGCAACGAGUGUGGGAAAGUCUUUAGUUCACAUUCUAACCUAAAUACCCAUCAGAUAAUCCACACUGGAGAAAAACCCUACAAGUGUUCAGAGUGUGGCAAGGUCUUCACUCAGAAUUCACACCUUGCAAAUCAUUGGAGAAUACAUACUGGAGAGAAACCGUACAAGUGUAAUGAAUGUGGGAAAGCCUUUAGUGUGUACUCAAGCCUCACUACCCAUCAGGCAAUCCAUACUGGAGAAAAACCUUACAAGUGUGAUGAGUGUGGCAAGGUCUUCACUCAGAAUUCACAUCUUGCAAGUCAUCGUGGAGUCCACAGUGGGGAGAAACCUUACAAGUGUGAAGAAUGUGGCAAAGUCUUUAGUCAGACUUCAAAUCUUGCAAGACACUGGAGGGUUCAUACUGGAGAGAAGCCUUACAAAUGUAAUGAAUGUGGCAAAGCCUUCAGUGUGCGGUCAAGUCUAACUUCCCAUCAGGUUAUCCAUACUGGAGAAAAACCUUACAAAUGUAAUGAAUGUGGUAAGGUCUUCAGUCAAACUUCAAGUCUUGCAAUUCAUCAGAGAAUUCACACUGGAGAGAAACCUUACAGGUGCAGUGAGUGUGGGAAAGCCUUUAAUUCACAUUCAAACCUUAAUACCCAUCAGGUAAUCCACACUGGACAAAAACCCUAUAAAUGCCAGGAGUGCGGCAAGGUCUUCACUCAAAAUUCACACCUUGCAAAUCAUCGUAGAACCCAUACUGGAGAGAAACCUUACAAGUGUAAUGAGUGUGGAAAAGCCUUUAGUGUGUACUCAAGCCUUACUACUCAUCUGGCAAUACAUACUGGAGAGAAACCUUACAAGUGUGAUGAGUGUGGCAAGGUCUUCACUCAAAAUUCACAUCUAGCAAGUCAUCGUAGGACUCAUACCGGAGAGAAACCUUACAAGUGUGAGAAGUGUGGCAAAGCCUUCAGUGUGCGUUCAAGCCUGACUACGCAUCAGGCAAUCCAUACUGGCGAAAAACCUUACACAUGUAAUGAGUGCGGCAAGGUAUUUAGUCGAAGUUCCAACCUUGCAAGUCAUCGGAGACUUCAUACUGGACAGAAGCCUUACAAAUGUGAAGAAUGUAGCAAGUCAUUUACUGAGUUGUCAGCACUUAGGAAACAUUACAAAACUCACACUGGAGAGAAACUCUACAAAUGUGAAGAAUGUGAAAAGUUCUUUACUCGCAUAUCACAUCUUAGAAAACAUCAAAGAAUUCACAAUAGAGAGAAACCAUACAGGUGUGAAGAAUGUGACAAGUCAUUUACUCAAAUAUCACAUCUUAGAAAACAUUAAAGAGUUCACAUAUGAGAGAAACCCUACAAAUGUAAAGAAUGUGAAAUGCCUUUUCAUCAAAUAGCAAAUCUUAAAGCACAUCAAAGAAUUCACACAGGAGAGAAACCCUUCAAAUGUAAAGAAUAUGGCAAAUCAUUUACUGAUUGCUCAACACAUAGGACACAUUUCAGAAUUCACACAGGAGUGCACCCCUUCAAAUGUGAAGAAUGUGGCAAAUCAUUACUGAUUACUCAACACAGGAUACAUUGCAGAAUUCACACAAGAGAGAAACCCUAUGAAUGUGAAGAAUGUGAAAUGUGUUUUCAUCAUAUAUCAAAUCUUAGAACGCAUUAAAGAAUUCACACAGUAGAGAAACCCUACAAAUGUGAAGAAUGUGAAAGAUCUUUUAUGUGGCCCAGUACAUUAACUUGAUAUCAGAAAAUUCAUACAGAAGAGAAACCCUACAAAUGUGAAGAAUGUGAAAAGUCCUUUAGUCAAGUAUCAAAUCUUAGAGCACAUCAAAGAAUUCAUCCUGGAGGAAGAAAACCAUACAGAUGUAAAGAAUGCGAAAAGUCAUUUUCUACAAACUCAAACCUUAGGAGUCAUUGCAGAAUCCAUACUGGAGAAAAACCCUACAGAUGUGAAGAAUGUGGAAAGUCCUUUAGUCGAGUAUCAAAUCUUAGAGCACAUCAAAGAAUUCAUACUGGAGAGAAGCCCUACAGAUGUGAAGAAUGUGACAAAUUGUUUCCUAUGAGCUCAAAUCUUCAAAGACACCAAAGAAUUCAUACUGGCGAGAAACCCUACAAAUGUACAGAAUGUGAGAAGUCCUUUCGUCAACUAUCACAUCUUACAGUACAUCAAAGAAUCCAUACUGGAGAAAAACCCUACAAAUGUGAAGAAUGUGACAAAUCGUUUACUGUAAGCUCACAACUUAGGAGCCAUCAAAGAAUUCAUUCAAGGGUAAAACCCUUCAAAUGUGAAGAAUGUGAAAAGUCCUUUAGCUGGAUAUCACAAAUUCGGAGACACCAAAGAAUUCAUACUGGCGAGAAACCCUACAAAUGUACAGAAUGUGAGAAGUCCUUUCGUCAUCUGUCAUAUCUUACAGUACAUCAAAGAAUCCAUACUGGAGAAAAACCCUACAAAUGUGAAGAAUGUGACAAAUCGUUUACUGUAAGCUCACAACUUAGGAGCCAUCAAAGAAUUCAUUCAAGGGUAAAACCCUUCAAAUGUGAAGAAUGUGAAAAGUCCUUUAGCUGGAUAUCACAAAUUCGGAGACACCAAAGAGUUCAUACUGGCGAGAAACCCUACAAAUGUACAGAAUGUGAGAAGUCCUUUCACCAACUGUCACAUCUUAGAGCACAUCAAAGAAUCCGUACUGGAUAAAAACCCUACAAAUGUGGAAAAUGUCACAAGUCCUUUACAUAUUGUGAUAGACCAGCUUGGCAGGAGCGCUCAGUCCGACGGGAACAGGGCUUUAAGAGAGUGGGCAAGGAUUCGGCGAAUUGACAAAUAGAAACAGCACAGAAGUUGGUUGAAUCUGAGUGUAUUUUCCAAGCUGCAAGCAUCAGCUUAUACACAGAGCAUAAUUGCAAAAUCUUUCUUUGUUUAAUCAAGCGGUCAACAAUUUUCUGAGAAAAGUUAUUCCGAAAAUAAAAAAAGAGAUGUGAGGAAAAGAUUUUUAUCUAUUAAUUACCUAGUACCAGACAUCAUGUUCCUGUCUGUCCUUUGUUGUUUGGCAACCGUUCUUAUUUUUAAUUAUUUGUGGUUUUACGACUUCCUUUCCCUUUUGGUGGAGCCCAAAGUCUCCCAUUACCUAAUACAUAAGCAUAUCCAUAUUUAGUUCUGACAGUGGGUGGCAGUUUUCUUUUGGUUUUUAUCUUAGAUCCUUUUCCUAUAAUCUUAGCAGCUAAAGGAAUCUUAGCAAGGGGGAUUCCACAAAUAAUUCUUCCUGUUGUAAUUUAUCUAGGACUUUUCAGGGAUUCCUAUUCUUUCCUAAUUUAACUAAUGUCUGAAAUAGAAGAGCAUCUGGAGGAAGUGUACUAUCGGGUGACAGCAUUCCAGAGAAGUCAUCUCUAUCUAAUUUUCUCACAGGCGUGCUCGCUGACCUGAAUAAGGACAAUGAGCUACUUUUGUGAGCCAGGAACACAACACCUGCAAUAAAGAUAAGAGCAAGAGUAGAACAGCCAAGUGCACAGCAAACUUUCUUUCCACAGCCAGUUCCAAGAGGCAAUCUUCCUUGAAGUUUCGGCCUCAGUCCACGGAGAACCUCACGCGGACUCCAUUGGAGAUGGCAUGGCAACACGUAUCAUAUCUUAGAACACCAGAAAGAAUUCAUACCGGAGAGGAGCCCCACAAAUGUGAAGAAUACAAAAAGUUCUUUAAUCAAAUAUGUAAUCCUAGAGUCCAUCAAAGAAAUGACAUCAGAGAAAACCCCUAAGAAUAUGAAGACUGCAUCAAGCCCCUUAAUCAUAUUUCACCUCUUAGAGAACAAUAGAGAAUUAAUAGUGAAGAAAAAUACUACAAGUGUAAAUAAUGUGGCCAGUUCCUUUAUAUGUCAAAUAUUAGAACUCACAGAGAAGUCAUACUGGAGAGCAGGCUACGGAAGUACAGAAUGCAGCAAAACCUUCACCCUGUGCUAAAUACUUAAAAAUCAUUACAGAAUUCAUUAUAGAGAGACUCUUUUAAAGGUAGUUAUAAUGAAGAAAACUUUGAUAAGUAAAUCCUAGAAAACAGAAUUUAUACUGACGCCAAAGCUUAGAACUAAAUUUGGUGAAGCAAAAUCUUCAACAAAAGCUAUUUCUGUUCAACAUGAGAUGACUCAUAUGUGGGAGAAACUAGAUAUAUAAA